AUCCAGAAGCGAAAGCGAAAAUGUCUAAAUUUUUUAACCGCCUUGACGAAAUAACCCUCAAGAGAGUAUAAACUUCGUACAUUUCGCAACUUUGUGUUUUUUUUUUUUUUUUCUCAAAAUAUAUGAAGAGAAAAUCCGGUCGGUACCUCCUGAAGGAGGAAGGAAAAUGCCCCUUUUUAAGUAAACUCGAUUGAGUGGCCAUUUUGUUUUCUUUUUUUUUACCAUUUUAAACAAAACUAUGAGUUAAACGUAAACACAAAGGGGAAGAGGGCAAAUCAGCAUGGACUCACUUGACAGUUUUAUAAAGAAGAAAAAGGAAGAAAUAAAAGAAAUCAAGGGAAACAAGAGAUGGUUCAAGCAGGCAGAGUUGGAGAGUAAGAAAAAAACAGAAAUUAACAAGUUUUACGAAAAUGAAUAUAAGAAGAAGAAAACGGAGGAAUAUGAAAGGCUAAAGAAAUUGAAUGACGAACUGGACGCAAAACGCAGAAAACACAGCGUGGACGUAGAGCAUGAAGAAACAAAUACAGAAAUAACCUUAACGAACAGGCAGAUAAUCAUUUUGCUGCGUCAGCUGAAGGAACCAAUCCGGCUGUUUGGAGAAACUGACUUGGAAAGAUACAACCGACUGAAGGAGUUAAAAAUAAACAAAAACGAGUUAAAAAUUAAUGUGCAAAAUGUAUUUGGCGAUGUCCUAAGGGGGAAAUUAAAAGAAAAUUCGCUAGAUUUAAUUGAGGACAACCUGGAAGACGAUAUUGACAAUGCCAACUCGAAGGAAUCAGCAGAAUUGAACGGACCCACGGCAGAAAAAAAAAGUGAUGAAAAGGGCCAGGGAGUGGACAAGGAGGGGGUUAUACUCGACUGGAUCAAAAGCACAAUGAAGGAGUGGAACGAAGAAAUUGAAAACAGCGAUGAUGGCAAAAAGAAAAUAAAGAAAGCUACAUACUUGCAGACGCACAAGGAUUUGAAGCCGCUGGAGAAGAAGCUGAAGCAGAAGAGCCUGGAAGCAGACGUGCUGGACAAAAUAUACAACAUCGUUUCGCGUUGCCAGGAGAGGAACUUCAAAGCGGCGCACGAUGCGUAUAUGCUGCUCGCCAUAGGAAACGCCGCCUGGCCCAUGGGCGUCACGAUGGUUGGGAUUCACGAACGUGCGGGGCGAUCCAAAAUUUUCGCGUCGGAGGUUGCACACAUCCUUAAUGACGAAACGACGAGGAAAUACAUCCAAAUGAUUAAAAGGCUACUAUCCUUUUGCCAACGGAAAUAUUGCACCAACCCCUCGGAGGCUGUCAAUUUGUCCACCAUCCACAUUUAAUUUAAAGUUUUGCUUUUUUUUUUUUUUUUUUUUUACCUGACUGUUCAGAAUUUUUUUCAGCUUUUCCGUUCUCCUUUGUUUGCCAUUUUUUGAAGUGCCCAUAGGGGUGCAGGCAGAAUGGGAAUUUCGCUUUUUAUAAAUUGCGUCCGUUCACGUUUACUUUUAUGCCACCUUUGCGCCUACUUGUGCGCCUACUUUUGCGUCCACUUUUAUGCCCACCAUUGCGCUCUCCUUUGCGCCUUCUUUUUUUGUCUUAACUAACAAUUUGCUUACCAACAGCGGUAACAUUCAUCAUGAAAAAAAGUUUCAAAAUUGUGGAGAG